GUUUAAUUUCCAACCAAAAAGAUUCUUUUGUCACUCUGCAUAUUUACUUCUCUCACUCACUUGAUCCAUAAUCAGAAUUGAGUCUCCUCCGUCCGCUGCUGCAGCGUUCGCGAGCGGAGAAUCACCAAAUUCUGAGAAUCCGAGGAAAGAGGCGGAUAAACGGCAAUGAAGCCCGAAUCGGGUUUGGAUAUCGAGUAUCCGAGUGAGUUGAUUAAGCCUGAACCUGGAACCGACUCAGGAGAUCCGACCCGACCCAAAUCGAACGGUUCCAGUUGGAUGGAUCACUGCUAUGUUCCCAGGGUGAGGCCGAGUGAGGCGAAUGGUUUUGCGGUUUAUACGAGGAAUAAGAGGUUGAAGAGUAGAAGUGUGGAUAGAGCUUCUUGUGCGGCUAAUAUUGAGGCAGAUUCUGCAAAAUCAGUUAAAGUUGAGGAUGCUGUGAGUUUGAAAAAUGAAGUCGUAGUUAAUGGUGGUCAUGCGUCGAAUGUGGUUGAAGUUGGGGGUAAUUUGGGGUUUUUGGGAGGGGAGAGCGACGGGGAGAUGAUGGAGAUUGAAGUGAAAGAGGCACCCAUUCAUUUGGUGGCACCGAGGAGACGGAGGUUUAUGCGCUCUGAGCUUGUUGACUCUGAAAUGGAGAAUGGGGAUUUAGGUAAUCUGACGGACACGGUGAUCUUGGAGGCAGACGGAUCGAUGAGUGAAGAAUUGGGGCUGUUGGGUAGUACGAAGACUAAGAAAAUGGAGAUGAAGAUGUCUAAGAAGGUUCUUAUAAAAGGGCGGCCAACUACAGUUAGGGAGCUCUUCGAGACUGGGCUGCUAGAAGGAUAUCCAGUUUUCUACAAUGGCGGCAAGAGGGGAUUCCCACUACGUGGUACGAUCAAAGAUGCUGGAAUCCUGUGUUCUUGUAGUUUCUGCAAGGGAGUACGGGUAGUUCCACCCUGCCAAUUUGAGAUACAUGCCUGCAAUUCAUAUAGACGUGCAUCACAAUAUAUAUGCUUGGAGAAUGGGAAGAGCCUCCUGGACGUGGUCAAAGAAUGCCGAAAAUCAUCCGUUAAAACUUUAGAAGAAACAAUACAGAACUUUAUAGGCCCUAUUCCCUUGAAGGAAUCUGUCAUCUGUAGGAACUGUUCUGGGUCAUUUCUUGCGACAUCUGCUGCAAGGGUGGAACUACUCUGUGAUUCUUGCAUGGUUAUUCUAAAUUCAGAUUUCGAUGCAGAAAGUGUAAAAUCAAGACCUCUAAAGCCAUUAUUAGGUCUAUCACUUUCUGAAAAUGGUGAAGUACAUGGCGGUCCCCUAAAAAGAGGUUGUCGAGGAAUAAAAAAGAGAAAGUAUUCAGAGCUCAAGGCCUGUACAAAAUCAUCAGGAAAAUCCUCAUUGUGUGGUGCAACAAGAAAUAAGGGCCAAGUGAAGAUAACUAAGAUGCUGUCACUAUCAGCUACUGCUUUAAAGCCUCCUGGAAGUGCUAUCAUGACAUAUUCCAAAUCAUUAUCGGAUCCAACUUUAAAUGGCAGUACUUCCUCUCAUGGCAUACUGAGGAACAAGACUACGAAAAAGAAGCUUAUGAAGUUGUCAAGUACUGCAUCAUUCUCAAAGUCCUCAAAUAUUGCAUCUCCUCCCCUCUCUGGGAACUCAAAAAGUUCCUCAAAGAAGAUAACUAAAAAGGAUCAGAUGAUGCACAAGCUGGUCUUCGAGAAUGAUGGAUUGCCAGAUGGAACUGAAGUUGCUUACUAUUCUAAUGGCAAGAAGUUGCGCGAUGGCUAUAAAAUGGGACCAGGAAUAAUUUGCCGCUGCUGUAGCACUUUGGUUAGCCCAUCUCAGUUUGAAGCUCAUGCUGGUUGGGCUUCCCGCCAGAAACCCUAUAUGUAUAUCUACACAUCUAAUGGUGUGUCUCUCCAUGAGUUUGCUGUCUCUCUGUUGAAAGGGCGUAAGUGUUCUUCAAAAGACAAUGAUUACUUGUGCAUCAUCUGCGCAGAUGGUGGGAAACUCGUUCUAUGUGAUGGCUGUCCGAGAGCCUUUCACAAAGAAUGUGCAUCUCUAUCGAGCAUACCUCGUGGUAAAUGGUAUUGCACCUAUUGCCAGAACAUGUUUCUUAGAGAAAAAAAUGUUGAGUGGAAUGCCAAUGCUGUUGCAGCUGGGAGAGUGUCAAUUAUUGAUGAUCCAAUUGAGCAAAUAACCAAUCGUUGCAUUCGAACUGUCAAGAACCCAGAAGAAGCAGAAGUUAUAGCAUGCGUAAUCUGCAGGGGCUAUGAUUUUAGUAAGUCUGGCUUUGGUCCCCGUACUGUUAUAUUGUGUGAUCAGUGCGAAAAGGAAUAUCAUGUCGGCUGUUUGAAGAAAUGCAAGUUGGCUGAUUUGAAGGAACUUCCAAAAGGGAAGUGGUUCUGCUCUGGGAACUGCAAAUGGAUUUAUUCUGCUCUGCAGAAUGUACUGAAUGCAGGUUCUGAAAAGCUCCCUGAUUCCACCUUGGACAUUAUAAGAAAGAAGCUAACAGAUGAGAGUUCAGUUUUUGACACUGAUCUUGAUGUGAGAUGGAGACUUCUGAAUGGAAAAAGUUCAUCUCGGGAAACCAGAGUGUUGCUAUCGCAGGCUGUAGCUAUAUUUCAUGAUUGUUUUGACCCUAUAGUUGAUUCAGAAACUGGACGUGACUUCAUUCCAUCUUUAGUUUAUGGGAGGAAUAUAAGAGGUCUAGACUUUAGUGGGAUAUACUGUGCUAUUUUGACCGUGAACUCAACUGUUGUAUCAGCUGGUAUGCUUCGGUUUUUUGGAGAAGAAAUUGCUGAACUUCCUUUGGCCGCAACACGUAUUGGUCAUCAGAGAAAGGGAUAUUUUCAACUACUUUAUUCAUGCAUCGAGAAAUUGCUUGCAUUUCUGAAUGUCAAAAGUUUUAUUCUCCCAGCAACAGACGAGGCAAAGUCAAUUUGGACAGAGAAGUUUGGGUUUAACAAGAUACCAGAUGAGAAGCUUUUGAAUUACAGAAAAUUCUGUUGGCAAAUGAUUUCUUUCAAGGGGACAUCCAUGUUAGAGAAACCAGUUCCUAAAUGUAGAAUUAUCAAUCAAGAUGAAGCAGAUCCAGAUGAUGUUCCAUUGUAGUGAUUAAGAGCCAUUUUCCUUAGGUUAUGCUAUUUAUAUGAAGAUAAUCUGAUUCGACAAGUUUCCUGACCGAAGCGGAAAUUAGUUGUAAACUUGUAAUGGGUGGACGAAGAAGAUGAGAAGACUUGAUCCCGGCAGGAAAUGGUUGAAUUGUAUAAAAAAAAGCUUACCUGUAGUUUAUUAGACAUGAGGGUGAUGUCUUAUUCUUUAUUUUUUUCACCUUUUGUAAUUUUUAGUUGUCGCAUGUAAAUAAGUAACUAUUGGCCGGUGUUAGAAGUGAUGCUAUGUAAUAGUGGAGGGUGUUUAUCGCAUAUCUGGUGGGACACAAAAUGUAGUUUUGUAUCUUGUUUAAUUUGAUUGUAUAAAACACUAAAAUAUUUACUUGUUUAA